AAAAAAAAAGAGAGAAUACCCUUGAAUUUGCAUCCUUUCAGCACUGCCAUGACUGUCUAUUCAGAAAGUGUGUAGGGUUAUUUGGUAAGAUAAAUUAAUGAGUGUGGUGGAUUUGUAUUGUAGUAUUGUAGCUUGCCAUCCUCUCCUCAAGGGCAAGGUUUGGAAUUAUAUGCAUUAAGGGCAUAAAAUGAAAUGGAUCAGCAACCACAUUUGAUCAAGAACCAAGCAGACACAAAAAGCAAAAGAGUAGAGCAGGCAGUUGUUCCUGGCUCAGAAGAGGAAGCAAUUGAGGUUGAGCACUUACUUGCAGAACCUAAAAGUGAUCAUGUUUCUGUAGAUGGUUUUUUAUGCUUUGACAAGGAGAAUUCAGAGAAACACUUGAAAGUGGAUGGUUUUGGAUAUGAUUAUGGCUGGAAAAUCAAUUGUGGGAUGGAUUGUGAUAUUCAAGGAGGGGCUGACAUAAAGUUUGAAGCUCUGGAUGGAUGGCUAGAUGAAGUUGAUGAAGUUGAUGAUAUUCAAGCAGGCCAGACUCUCUCCGGUGCAUAUGAAGAUUUUCUUUUGGAUGUUGAACUUCCUGAAAAAUUUUCUGAAUUAGAUUAUGGUUGUUGUGACGGAUCACACAUAGGCAACUCAAGUACAGAAAGUCAUUCUCCUGUAUUUAGUGGAAGUAGUAAUAGCACCAGUGGGAUAUCAGAAUCACCAAUAGCAACUGUUCAAGAGUCUGACUGCAAGAAUGGUUUGCCUGGGAAGAAUGGAUGUGGAUAUGAAGCAACAGCUACUAAUGAAAUACAUCCUACUACAGAAGAUCUGCAAAAUCUUAAUGAGUCUGAUGAUGAUGAAAAACCUUUAGUGAGUCUCAUAUUGUCUAAGAAAAAAGCAAAAGUCUCUACAAAAUUAACCAAAGGAGGCAUGCUUUGCAGACAGAUGAGACUCCGCAAGCCUACUGUGAGGUAUAUUGAUGAAUCUUCAAGACUCUCUUCCACUGCUCCAAGGAGUAAACGUCUGAAAGUGCAACAUGACAAUGAACUUCCUGAAGUGCUAUCUGAAUCACGGCUGCUGAGAGGACGUGUCAAGAAAGUCGUACCCAAAUCGGAACUCCAAUCUGAUGAUGACCUCACUGCUUCAGACUAUGAAGAUGACAAGAAGAAGACAAAACGAUCUAAAAUGAGUAGUGACAGGAGGAAACAUCAAAGGAUGUGGACACUUGAAGAGGUGGUUAAGUUGGUUGAUGGUAUUUCUCAAUAUGGAGUUGGAAAAUGGACUGCUAUAAAAAGGCUUCUAUUCUCAUCAUCUGUAUAUCGCACCCCUAUAGAUCUCAGGGACAAAUGGCGAAAUCUUGUAAGAUCAAGCUGUGGACAUAAACGCAACAAUAAAGAGGUUGAGCGGAACUUGAAGCAUACUGCGCGACCCCUGCCAAAGACUGUUGUACGCCGAGUCCGUGAACUUGCCACCAUUUACCCAUAUCCCAAUGUUUGCAGCCCUAAGAUUGAGCAUGUUACCCCAACCAAGCAUCCUGCAAGAGCAAAAGUUGCUCAACUUUGCCCCCGGGGAAAGAAUGUAAGUCGGAAGAAUGGUACUUGAAGAACCAUUUAACCAUGUUUCAGACUAGAGUUAAAUCAACAGCAAGUCAAUUGUAAAGAAGCAGUUUCAUCCUACAGUUCCCCUUUUCACCCUUGUGCAGUGAUGUGCACAUAUACAUGUUCUCAGAUCAUUAGGAAUGUCCGGUAAACUAGAUACAGGUUUCAAUUCUAAUAGCCAGAAUUGUGGCGAACUGAUGUUUAAAGAAGGGUAGGGUUUUCCUUUAAUAUUGAUGUAUGUCUCUCCUUUUAUCUUUUUGAAUUUCCUUAUGCAUGGUACUUGCAAGAUCAAAGAAAAACAAUGAGCCAAA